UAUCUCAAGUAUGUGCAGACCGUUUGACCCAUUUUACCCCAAGUCACCUCUCCACAUUAUUUCCCCAUCGCCCAUUAUUCCUAGUCCCACUAUUCCGCAAGCACAACUAUACCGAGAUCCUAUGUGACAGGUUCUACCUGCUGGCUGCUUCUUUCCUUCGAGCAUAUGUGAGCCUUGUUCCGACCAACUGCACCUAUCAAGUCGUCCAUAAUCUAUACAACUCAGUCGAAAUAUGCACUCAUCUUGAUCAUGGGUAUAAUCCAACUUCACGCCGCGUCAUUGUACCUUUGCUAAAUGUUGCGAUUCCCAGCGGCGACAUAAAACCCACCACCAAUAAUAACAGCAUCCAGAGCUGUACGACUCCAGUUCGCUCUGCAGCAUCGUUCUUGCUGCCCACAAGGCAGCUAUAUCUCUACAAUGAAACGAAAAAGAUCCCAAGAGACGUUAGUUCCGCUGCUUCAGAAAAGAACUGCGAACAGACGCACUAAAAAGACGGGCGGCAAGCCAUGUCGUCUGCUCAAGAUCCUCGGACAGUAUGGACUUCUCGCGUCAAUAGCGGGAAAUCUUCUUCCCAGGGACUUGUUCGCCCUCGCAGCAACAUCGAAGUCCACGUACGAGACUAUCUUCCCUUGCAAAGAGAGUCGCACCAACCUCUUCGCGAAGAUGGCAUGCGCUGGUCGUGGAGUUGCUCUGCGGCGCCUACAUCAUCAAAAAUCCAUCUACUUCACGCAAUACAAGUGUGAGGAAUACGCUCAAUGCCAAGCUGAAUCGCACACGGAAACAUCCAAGAGCAAGCCCUGCGAAGUUUGUCUCCAAACGACAUGUGACGAAUGUCGAAUACAUUGCGUAUAUGGCAGUAUACAGCAACCUGCAGAGGCAACGGAUGAACUUCCGGAGCUAAGUGGGUUUGCUCUACUGGCGCCAGAGGAAAUGCGACUCUUGACGCCGGCCCAUAUGGGGCUCACUACUGUCGCAUCAACAAUGCCUUGCCACGAUCAAGGCUUCCUGGAUAUCCCGAUUGAAAGCACUGAAGAUGCGAAAGUCGAGUACAUCGACGAUAUACUUGACUUCGAUCUUGGGAGGGGUGCAUUGAGGCUCUCAAACUCUUCCACGGCCAGUCAUCCAUCGCCUGUGAUCCAAGCCUUCUGGGAUGUCACCGAAAAUCGCAAACGACGAAUUUGUGCAGAGUGCUACGAAGAAACUCGUAGUCGCCAGAACAUCACAGGUCCGCCCCACAGCUGUUGCUGUACGCUUAGGACUGUUUUUGUGGAUCGCUGGCUCUGUCUGCCUUGUUAUCAGGCGGAGCAGAGAAAUUUACAAGCGACUUUUCCCACGAGUCGAAAAUGGUGUGGCAUUAGAUGCCAACCCUGCGGGACGUCCCUACAGAAAUCAGCGUCGUGCUUGAUGUGUUUAUGGUGCUGGGGCAUAGUUGCCGAUCCCACACUCGAAGAUGGAACCCCCUUGGUGUGA